CCCUAAAAAUUGACAAUCUUUAUAAAACGAUUCAUAUCUCAUUAUGUGGUUUCUUUUUAAUUCACUCUAAUUUUAAACAUUUUUCAAUAUAAAUUUAGAAAUUGUGUGAUAAAAAGAGAAAGAAAGAGAGAAAGAAAACGCCAUUAAUAUUGUGUUCAUAAAUAUGUACAAAGAACGUUUGAAAGCGGAUACAUAAACAUAUGGUUUUAUUUUAUUAUUAAGUGAAACUAAAUAUAUUUUAAAUGAACUAUUUUUAAAACAAUAAUUAUAAUUAUAUAAACAGAAGAGAUAUUGUCAAUAAGUGUUACAUAUUUGUAAAUAAUAUUUAUAAUAUAAAAAGCUAUGCACUCAGAGAAUAAUGUCUGGAACAAGUAAUUCAUUAUCGUCAAAACCUUCUACGUGCAAAUCAGAAUUUGUUAGUAUUGAUGGUGAAUCGUGUAAGAAAGAAAAUAACUUUUUACUUUCUGAUCAUAUCUCAGAAUUUCAUCAUAAAACAUUAAAGGAUGAAAUAAAUACAAGCAAUUUGGUAUCGGUAUUAGCAAAACAAUGCGAAGAAAGAAGUGAUACUAGUUUUACACGUGGUUGUAUGUUUUGUAAAAUGAACUUUACUGAAUCACGUCUUAUGUAUAUAAAACAUCUUUCAGAGAAACAUAAUUUAUAUCUUGGUAAACCAGAACAUUUAGUUUUCAUCGAUGAACUCUUAGAUAGAAUACAACAAAGUAUUGAAAGUUUAAUCUGCAUAUACUGUGAAAAAGUGUUCACAAACCGGAAGGCAUUAAAAGAGCACAUGCGUAAAAAGUUGCAUAAACAAAUAAAUCCAUACAAUAAAUCAUUUGAUAAGUUUUAUAUAGUUAAUUAUACGGAGUCUAAUAGAACAAGAAAAUAUCAAAAAAAUCGUAAAUACACUAAAGAUAGUGGAUUAAGCAGCGAAAGUGAAGACGAAGAAUUGUCAUGGUCUGAUUGGAAUGAUGAAGGCAUUAGUAUACUUUGUUUAUUUUGUAAACAUUCUGAUAAAGAUUUUCAUACCAUUUUACAACAUAUGAAAGAACAACACAAUUUUGACUUUAAAAAGGAAUCAGAAGAUUUAACUUUUUAUCAGAAAGUAAAGCUGGUAAAUUAUAUAAGACAACAAAUUCGUAUACAAUGUUGCAUUUUAUGCGAAGAAAAGUCUGAUAACAUAUCGGAACAUAUGACUCAACUAAAUCAUUACAAAAUACCUAAGCAACACAUAUGGGAUCAACCAGAAUUUUAUUUCCCUAUGAAUGAAAAUGAUUCAUUUUUAUACAAUUUGGAUACGGAUGGUGAUACCUCAGAUGAGAAUGAUAUUGAGAACACAUUUAAAGAAUUAUCUGUUACAUGUAAUGAUAAUAACGAGUAACGUACAUUUUUGAACUAUUAUUAAAUUUGUAAGAAAUAAUUGAAUAUACAUCAAAUGAAAUGUUAUUGUUUUUAUUAUUUUAUUUUAAUCAAGUAGUUAGUGAAUAUAUUUUUUAUUGAUAUUUAACACUUCUUAUUAAAGAAAUUAUGUACAUAUGUGUUACGAAUCUAUUUUAUCUCUAGUAAAUAUAAUGGCAACUAAAAGAUUAUUGCAACGUUGCGAUUCAUAUGUAACAACAAUAAAUAACAUUUGUAAUAGCAAUAAAGAGAAACUACAAGAAAAA